AUGGGCGAUGACUGGUGGGACGACUUCUCCAAUAAUCUUGCUACGGAUCUUGCUCCCCUUAUUAGCCUUUUUGGAGAAAAUCCGACUAAGCAGUAUCUCAGCGAAUGCUUGACCAUUUUAGAUAUUAUUAUAUUCUCUAUGGCCCCCCUUGGAAUCAUCACUGCUGUCGUAUCUGCAAUUCGAGUAUGUGGGACACCAUCUCUUAGAGCUUUCGUCGGACGAGCUCAAGAGGGAGCAGGUACAGCCGAAGCAGAAUUGUGUUCAUCUACUAGCCGCGAUGUUUGUGAACUUUACACCAAUGGAGGCAUUGCUCGUGUUUUCGGUCGUCCUAAGCUACUCGAAGUCGUACACGAUCCGAAGUAUUCGGCCAAUGCAUUUUACCCUACAGAUGGAAGCAAGCCAACAGCUGGCAUAUAUUCGUUCCAGCAAUACAUCGAAACUGAGCGCGGAAGAAAGGGAUGGAAGGAGACACAAAAACGAAAUAAAUCUUCAGGAUCAGACGAGGAGAAACAUAUCAGAGCAAAGCCAGCACGUUUCGCGCCAAACCCAAAUCUAUCUCUCAAUAUUGGAAUCAAGCCAUUGGAUCGUGGUUGGUUUGUUUUUGCAGCGAUACUAGGGAUCAUGAUGCAGUCUUUCGUAUUGGUAUGGGCAGUUCUCACAAAAUACUACUUUCAAUGGACGCGAACCUCUAAUCAAGACCAUUAUGCAGUUCCGUUGAUGGCUAUUGGGACGAUCCUACUUUGCCUCGGAAUGGCUCUAUGUGCUUACUUGAUCAAAAGCAAAACUAAGGAGCAUAUGUUCGAAAGGAAAGUUAGCCCGAACAUCAAAUCCAGGUUCUAUUGGGUCCAGCCAGGAAAUCAAACAAUAGGCGAUCAGAUGUUUGACCCCUUUGGGUAUUCGGACACCAAAUUCCCCUUACAGAAAUAUAUCACGUCGUACAAAGACAGAAAGGGAAAUACUAUGAUGGACUAUAUUUGGACCGCAUUUUUAGGUCUCAGAGCAUGUCACUCAUCCGUGUCAGUCCUCCAGCUGGGGCUUAGAACUCGGCGAUUAAGAGAGCAGGAUAACUGCAUGACCGGAGACCCAACCUUGUUCCAGGGGCACGAAUUGGACUGGCUGGCACUCAAGAUUGGACAGUCUGAUACGCCCUCUGAAUCUAACAGCUGCAAAUGGAAGGUUGUUAGUAUACCAAGGAAAAGUUGCGCAGAUGUUACUAUUGGCUCUUUCAUAAAUGUGUCUUCCAAUCCCGAAGCCCAUGAAAGAGAGAGAUCUUGUGUACUGGAAAGACUUCAAGGGAUUUCAGGCGGUGUGACUAUCCUUUCUGGAUUUCGAAUCCAAUUACACAACUCCAAUCCUCCGGAAAGUCUUACGAAAUUAGCUGAGAAGGCAAUUUCUCGGUGGAUCUCAGAAGAAUACUGCACCAGGAAAACUCAACAUGAUUGCACACCUAGUGGCUGUGAACUUGGCCCGAAUGCGACCGUGAAGACAUUCUUCUAUAGAAGCCGGCUUGCUCGUAUGACAGGGCUGGGGGAACCAGAAUCGGAACAUAGCAGUCACUGGGCCUUUUGCAUAUUUUGGGCCAUUCAAUCCUCAUGCUCAUUAAAAGAUGGAACUAUCCAAAUGUCAUUGCGAAGAGCAAUUAACAAGGAUGGACUUCCUGAAGGUCCGUGGAAAGCUGAAGCUUCUGAAAUAGAGGCUGUCCUUGGCUUGUGGUUCUGGUCAUUAAAAGAGCAAGAGCCGCGAGACAGUCAAGAGGCAGAUGAUGUGGGCUCUAAGAAGUUCGACAAGCGCAUAAGUCGCUUUCUCUCGACUGAUGAAUAUAGGAUAGGUGGAUCGGCUGAAACGAAGGCCUUGGAUAUCUUGAGAGGUGGAAGGGAAUUAAAGAUACAAAAAUGCCGAUUCGAGGUACAAGACUCGAGUGCACAGCUAGGAUCUGGAAAUGUACCAAAAACAGAAGGAAACGAACACCACGCCAAUCAAAGCUUAAGGCCGGGGAGAAACAUCAACCGCGCGGAAGUCGAGAAUGGAAUGUGGUGGAGAAGUGGACUGUGGGAGAUAGGUAUCAAGGAAUUUGUUGUUCGUGUUGGCCAAAACGACCCCUUUAGCGAACCAGACGACCAGCGACGAUUUUUUGGCUGGUGCAAUACGAGAUAUAUGAAAGAUACUUCGUUAUACGACGGUUUUGAUAGGUUUUAUGCUUUAGAAAUCUAUUCAUCAUUUUUAUCUGCAAUUAUGACAGCUGUCCAGGAUAUUGGGCAAAUAGAAGCGAGGGAACAUCGAGGUGGUACUAAGGUCAACAAUGAGACUGACGACAAGAUCCAGGAGAUUCUUGUUAAAAGAGGUUUGUGUGAAGCAGAAGAUGCUUUCGCAUGCACCAUCCCGAUUUUGAGAAAUCAGCAUAAGCUUCAACUUCCUGGUGAGGUAUUUGAUACACCCAGGGGUCUUGGGUGGCUGGAUCGUCAAGAUAUCGGAAAAUUAAUUGAUUCCGGACUUGACCGUGCGUAUUCAAGUCUGGGAUCAACAAGCGAGCAGGAACGUUCGUUUGGGGGACUGGAGGCUAUUAAUCGGGUCAGGCGAGCUUUCAUAGGGGCCUGUGAAUUAUAUCGUCAAGAUAUCCUGCGAAGAUAUGACGCUGAGAGCUAUUGGGGAAUUAUUAGAUUGCUUCAACGGUACUCAAGAGACGAAAAGAUCAUGCGCAUCCCGCUUGUCUGGGUUGAUUUUGGGGGUCACACAGAUUCAAGCAAUCGUCAAUCGACACUUAGCCUUGCUGAGACGAUUAAAUGCUAUGCCACCGCUGCCUUACAUCAUCUAAAAAGAGAUGAUGAUCGAAAAUUACUCAACAUAGAACAGCAGCUACAAACUGAGUUAGGGGAAGAAAUCGAACCAAAAGUAAAGGCAGACAACCUUUUUCAAGCCAUCAAGGAAUCUGAUUUGAGCGCCACCCUUUAUUUCCUAGGACGGGAACCUCUUGAUGAGCCGUCAAAGACUUCGGCAUUUAUUGAUGCCUGCCAAUUAGGCUGGUAUAUGGUUGUCGAUGUUCUGCUGGAGCUUGGCGCAGGAGAAGACCAAUAUAAAGACAUAUUCUUCUAUGCCUCCCAAGUUGGAGAUAUCAACAUGGCGAGAAUAUUCGUGGGAAAGAUACGAGGUAUACAAGGGCAAAACGACAAGAAUAACAACGACGACAAAGACGACAACUAUGAUUAUCGUUGUAUGGUUGUCCGCGAAGUAGCAAAACGAGGACAUGCGAUAAUAUUGAAAGACAUGAUACAAACUUGGAAAAGCCGGUCAAUAUUUGAUGAUGAUCGGAAAGAUAUGACGCCAUUAAGUCUGGCGAUUAUACCAGGACAUUGUGAUAUCGUAAAUUUACUUCUCAGCAACAGACUGGCAAAGCCCAAUGAUCCUCGUACAAAAUUACCAGCGCUUCAUUUGGCCAUCGCGGAAGGAAAAGAGGACGUAGUAAAACUGCUUUUAAACUUUGACGAAGUUUAUCCAAACUGGAUCAACGAGGAGACAACCGAUUCCCCGCCGCUAAAUAUUCUGAAUGCGCAGAGAAUCGAUGCAGACUGGCACGACAAGACGUACAGAUCGGCUCUUUGGUGGGCAGCGGCUUUAGGUCUUGACUCUUACGUCCAGAAGCUCCUCAGCUCUGGAGGGGUACACCAUCCGAACCGUUGGGACAAGAAUGGUGAUACACCACUCUCAAUCGCGGUGCAAGCAGGCCAUCGUGGGGUAGUUGACCUACUACUUAAGAUACCGGAAACUAUUGUCAACUUAAAAGCGAUCUUAAUUGCUGGUAAAAAGGGCUAUCAGGAUAUCGUUGAAAAGGUCCUACCACGAAUUGCAAAGAGUGAAUUAGAUGUAAACAUGUUAACCGACAAAGACGAAAGGCGUAUAUGGUAUUCCAUCGAAGAAAAUGUAUCGUGGGACAAAUUAAAUAAGGGCGGAAAAGAAAUCGACUGGAAUGGACUGGGAAUUGAUGAGAGAUUUAUUUCUGCAAGUCUGGACUAUGCUUCACAGCUGGCUACGGAGCCAUUCCAUGUCAUACGUGACUAUCGGCCUACUAAUCAAAACUCGGCUGAGAAUCAGGGGCAUGCUUCAUUCAGGGGUAAGGCCCUCGACGAGGAGACUGAUGUUUAA